GGUGGAUGAUAACACGUGGUUCUUGGCAAGGAACGCAGACAUUGCUUCAAUAAUGGCGGACGGUGGAUGCAAUCCUUCGUUGCGUCUACCCUGCGUUUUCUCGCCAAAAUCACGCCAAUACCUAGCUUCAUUUGCCCAAGAUGGCAGACUCCGUAUAUGGAACACAGAUAGUAAAAUACUUCAUCAAGAAUACGUGCCUUCAGCCCACUUGAGUGCCACUUGUACCUGCAUAGUUUGGGGACCAUGCCGAAUCGCCAAGGAGGGACCUCGGAGGAAGAAGAGGAAAUCAGAGGCAGGGCAUGUGGAGGAUUUGGCGGAUCUGUUGGCUCUGGGAACAGUGGCGGGCAGCAUUAUCAUUUACAGCGCAGUGAAGGGGGCACUGCACUGCACACUGGAUGGAGGUCACAAUGGGGGCGUGAACUGUGUUGAGUGGCACCCUGAGGACGGCCUGCUCUACAGCGGCUCAGACGACUCCUACAUCGUAGAGUGGGACCUGCAGACAAGCAAGACCCGCUGUAAGUGGAAGGCGGACCGUGCGUCAGUGACCAGUCUGUGUGUGAGUCCUGAUGGCAAACUGCUGCUCUCAGCGGGACAGACCAUCAAGAUGUGGGACCUCAAGACCAAGGAGGUGUACCGGAAGUUCACAGGUCACUCCACAGCUGUGACGAACCUGCGCUUCGCCACCACGCGUCCCCCGGACAGCAAUGGCCUCUACUUCCUGUCCGGGGCGGCCCAAGACAGGCUCAUCAGCGUGUGGCAAGUCCAGGAGGACAGCAAUGACAAGAACUCGGUGGUGUCCUUCACCCUGACGGACGACCCCCAGCACAUUGACCUCUUCACUUCCAACAGCAAGGAAGAGGCGGUGAGGCUGGCGGUUGUGUGUAAGGAUGGGCAGCUUCAUCUCUUUGAGCACUUUCUGAACGGGCCUUGUAAGAAGCCGCUGUCCCCCUCCUGUACAGUCCAGAUGUCUGGGCUUGAGGACAUCCCCGUGCCCGUUCCUCUGUUGGCCGUGGCCCUCACCGCGGACACACGCAGCCUCCUGCUUGCCUAUGGCAGCUACCUGCAGCCAGUCAUGGAGAGAUUGGAUGUGAACACAGCAGAGAGACACGUCUGCCUAACCCGCAAUGUCCACACCACCCUCACCAUCGCCAUGGAAACGACUGUUUCCAAGGUGAAAACCCCAGUAGUUAACGCCAAGAGCAAAGUUCUUGUCCCUGGUCUUCCCGGUCACCAAGCGCCGGUCAAAGCAACUUUGGGAUCUGAGAAGAGGAAAAAGGGCACAGACACCAAAGAGAUGUCCAUAGAGGAGCGACUGGGAGAGAUCAACUUGUCACGUGAGAAGGGCGGAGUCAAGGAAACCCCCUCUCUGCAGACUGACAACUUCGCGGUGCUACUGGUGCAGGGUCUGGAGAGCAAGGACGCCAACAUCCUCAAUAAUGUGUUUCAGACCCGGAAGGAUAACUUAAUAAAGAAAACCGUUUCCCGGUUACCCAUCCCUGCCGUUUUGCCAUUGGUGGAAGAGCUCACCAAGAGAAUGCAAGGGCAUCCAUACAUGGCAGUGCUGAUGGUGCGAUGGCUCAAGGCUGUUCUCAUGCAGCACACCUCCUACCUGUCCUCGUUGCCAGACCUGGUUUCUCAGCUGGGAGUGUUGUACCACAUGAUUGAGAGCAGAGUCAAAAUGUUCCACAAACUGACCAAGCUGCACGGCAAGCUCUAUCUGCUCAUGACACAGGUGGUGACAGGUGACAGUGGUGUCACAGACGUGGACCAUAAGGCCAAGCUUGUCUACGAGGACGCGUCCUCUGAUGAAGACAAGGCUUCAGGCGAUGAAGGUCUUCCAGACGAAGAUUCUGAUAACUGGGAGGAGGAUGGCAUAGAGGAUGAGACUAUGGAAGACGAGCAUAGAGAAGAAGAGACUGAGGAAGGCAUGAGGACGGAAUCCAAAGCUAACGGCGAUUCUGACAUGGAACCGGGAAACGAGAGCGAGGAAGAGUGAUGCUCUUCAAAGGAAACAAUCUCAAAAUGAACACACACAAAUGGACCGGAGAUUGAUGUACUUUAUUUUCAUGCUUUGUUUUUAUUGUAUCAGAACAUAAAUGGUUAUACAGAAAAAAUGGACAGGCAGUGGGUGCGUGUGACCGGCUGUGAACGAGGCCUAUUCCUUUCCCGGGACAGCCAACAAAGGCGGGAACGUGUUAUCCCUACAACCAAGCUGAAAGCCCCAUAUUUUGAAUAUUUUCCAGAGAUUCAAGACUCAUUCUUCUGUCCCAAUCUCCUCCUUUCUCCACUUUGUGGUUCUGGGUGUAAAUCAAGUGUGACCCCCCCCACUGCUUAUUCCAGAGAAAUGGUGGCCUUGCUGCCUGACAUGGGAUGCAUCCAAAUGGCUCCAUAUUCUCUACAUACAGUUGAUGUCGGAAGUUUACAUACACUUAAGUUGGAGUCAUUAAAACUAGUUUUUCAACCACUCCACAAAUUUCUUGUUAACCUGUCCAGGACUGUCCGGAACCCCUCUGCAACAGCCAAUGAAAUUGCAGGGCGCCAAAUACAAAUCUCAUAAAUACAAGUAUUAGGCACGAUUCUAAAGAUAAAAUUCUCGUUAAUCCAGCCAGUGUCUGUUUUUAAAAAAGCUUUACAGCGAAAGCUCCACAAAUGAUUGUUAGGUCACCACCAACUCACAGAAAAACCCAGCCAUUUUUCCAGCUAAAGAGUCACAAAAAGAGAUGGCAAUUAAUCACUAACCUUUUGAUCUUCAUCAGACGACACUCAUAAGGAUUCAUGUUACGCAAUACAUGUAUGUUUUGUUCGGUAAAGUUCAUAUUGCUAUCCAAAAAUUUACAUUGGCGUGUUACGUUCACUUCUAAAACAUGCAGUGAUAUUGCAUAGAGCCACAUGAAUUUGCAGAAAUACUCAUUAUAAAUGUCGAUGAAAAUACAAUUUUUAGACAUGGAAAUAUAGAUACGCUUCUUAAUGCAACCGCUGUGUUUGAUUUUAAUAAAACUUUACGGAAAAAGCAUAAUCUGAGAACCGCGCUCAGAGCCCAAACCAGCCAGAGAAAUAUCCGCCAUGUUGGGUAGUCAACAUUAUUCAUGAACAGUUGAUCUGGUCCUUUCGGACGAAACGUUCAAAAGGUUAUAUUACAGGUCGAAGGAACUUGUCAAACUAAGUAUAGAAUCAAUCUUUAGGAUGUUUUUAUCAUAAAAGUUUAAUAAUGUUCCAACCGGAGAAUUCCUAUGUCUGUAGAGAAGCAAUGUAACGACAGCUACCUCAAGUGAAAGCGCGUGACUGAGAACGAGGCUGAAGGCAGACCACUGACUCAAAAGAGCUCCCAUCCGGCUCCACCUCACAGUAGAAUCCUCAUUCAAGUUUCUAAAGGCGGUUGACAUCUAGUGGAAGCCUUAGGAAGUGCAACGUAAUCAAUAUCCCACUGUGUAUUUAAUAGGGGUGAGUUCAAAAACUACAAACCUCAGAUUUCCCACUUCCUGUUUGGAUUUUUUCUUGGGUUUUUGCCUGCCAUAUGAGUUCUGUUAUACUCACAGACAUCAUUCAAAUAAUUUUAGAAACUUCGGGGUGUUUUCUAUUCAUUAAUAAUGUUAGCAUCUGGGACUGAGUAGGCGGCAGUUCACUCUGGGCACGGUAUUCAUCCAAAAGUGAAAAUGCUGCCCCCUAUCCUAAAGAAGUUAACAAACUAUAGUUUUGGCAAGUCUGUUAGGACAUUUUUCCAACAAUUGUUUACACAUUAUUUCACUUGUAAUUCACUGUAUCACAAUUCCAGUGUGUCAGAAGUUUACAUACACUAAGUUGAGUGUGCCUUUAAACAGCUUGGAAAAUUCCAGAAAAUGAUGUCAUGGCUUUAGAAGCUUCUGAUAGGCUAAUUGACAUCAUUUGAGUCAAUUGGAGUUGUACCUGUAGAUGUAUUUCAAGGCCUACCUUCAAACUCAGUUCCUCUUUGCUUGACAUCAUGGGAAAAUCUAUCCGAAAGGCCGCUCAGCAAGGAAGAAGCCACUGCUGAAAUGUCUUCUGGUCUGAUGAAACAAAAAUAGAACUGUUUGGCCAUAAUGACCAUCGUUAUGUUUGGAGGAAAAAGGUGGGGUGGGGGGGGACCAUCCCGACCGUGAAGCACAGGGGUGGCAGCAUCAUGUUGUGGGGGUGCUUUGCUGCAGGAGGGACUGGUGUUCACUUAAUAGAUGGCUUCAUGAGGAGGGAAAAUUGUGGCUACAUUGAAGCAACAUCUCAAGACAUCAGUCAGGAAGUUAAAGCUUGGUUGCAAAUGGGUCUUCCAAAUGGACAAUGACCCCAAGCAUACUUCCAAAGUUGUAGCAAAAUGGCUUAAGGACAACAAAGUCAAGGUAUUGGAGUGGCCAUCACAAAGCCCUGACUUCAACCUUUUAGAGAAUGUGUGUGUGCGAGCAAGGAGGCCUACAAACCUAACUCAGUUACACCAGCUCUGUCAUGAUGAAUGGGCCAAAAUGCACCCAAUUAUUUGUGGGAAGCUUGUGGAAGGCUACCAAAUACUAAUUGAGUGUAUGUAUUCUUCUGACCCACCGGGGAAUGUGAUGAAAGAAAUAAAAGCUGAAAUAAAUCAUUCUCUCUACUAUUAUUCUGACAUUUCACUUUUUAAAAAAAGUGGUGAUCCUAACUGACCUAAAACAGGGAAUUGUUAUUAGGAUUAAAUGUCAGGAAUUGUGAAAAACUGAGUUGAAAUAAACUGAGUUGAAAUACACCUUGGCCAAAUAUAUUUGUACUUCUGACUUAAACUGUAGCUCACUACUUCCUCUAGCCCGUAGUGCUCAGGUCGAAAUUAGUGAACUCUAUACGGUGCCAUUUUGGAUGCAACCAUGACUAAUAGAUAAUGUCCCCAUGCAAUGUAAAUCUGUAUGAAAGCUGCAGUGUUUGUAGGCGUCCCCAGCUACCCCCCAGAAUCCUUGAAUUUACAUUUACAUUUAAGUCAUUUAGCAGACGCUCUUAUCCAGAGCGACUUACAAAUUAUUCAGUCUCCAACUGAACCAUUUUUCUCCCAACCCUCUUCUGUUUGUCCUUCACUCCUUUUGUCCAAUGAGUUUUUCAGGGCAUGGAGAUCAUUCCACGGCUUAAAAUCAUAGCUUGAGGGGUGACCAGAGAAAAUAAUUAACUUUGCUCGAUUAGGUGAAUUAAUGGGUUUUCAAAAUGGUUGCAGCUCAUUUUGUUCAUUUACACAUCGGUCAACAAAUUUUAUAGAAAAUCACUCCUUGUACUCAGCUGUUGUUUGCUACUUUACUUUUUCUUGAGAGGAAAAUACAACUGACUGAAUGUUUCUUGACAGUUUUGUACUUUGUGGGCAGACUAAAAGUUGAAUUGAUAUAAAUUAUGCUCUUGGGACCUCUUAUUUACUGGUUGGUUAUUAAAAAAAAUGCAACCAUGGGUUAGUUGUACAAUAGAAACAACCUGACGGGGGUACUAUUUGGGGCUGAGUUGAGCAGGGUUGCACGUGUAUAAGGACAAACAUUAGUCAUCUACAGAGCAGAUAACCUAAAGCAAGAUUUAAAAAUACUCCAUUAGGACAGAAAGUGGAAAACUACAACAGUUCAAUCUACUAAAAGGCGGGAAAGUUUAAAUCUCUUCACACGUUACAAUGUAGGAUAAUCUGAUGAAAGGCACAGAAAAUAGAACUAAAAAAAGAUUCAAGAUAGAGCCUGCAGGGCAUUACUGUCAAUAGCAAUGUUUCCAUGCAAGUAAAACAAUACCUUAUUUAAAACAAAAACAAAAUCAUGACAGCUGUAAUGUGAAGUGUUUUUGUACAAUUUUAUAAAUGCUGACAGAUCAUU